AUGGAAACACAAAAAGCCAAACUACGCUGCCAAUGGUUACAAUGCAGACCACGUUCUUCAUUCAACAAGAGGAAUUCUGAUGAUUCUACAGUUGAAGUGCCAUUCUCAAGCAAGAGGAAGGCAGCAAACGCCUUUGGUUACUGUCUUGAAGGGGCUAACGAGGAGCAGAAGAGGUUGAUGAAUAUCAAGAAAACAAAGACAGACAGUUCUAUUCAAAAUAAACAGUUUGAUUUCAACGAUGAUGAACUUGAAGUUGUUGAUAUUCUCUUUAACCUCCCCGAGAAUUUCUUAGAGAGAGUUAAUUUAGAGACUUCAAGCAGUGCUGCGAAUUCAACCCUCAGUGCCGACCAAGAACAGGUUUCAAAGGAGUCUUCCAAGAAACCAGUCAACCAAGAAAGAAACAUCCCCAGACCAGUCAACCAAAACCAAGAACCCUCUGAACUGCCACAAAAUUUCAAGAACAUGAUAAGUGAGAUGGGUGGCAGCAGGAUUACUCUGCUUAUCCAAAAAACUCUCUAUCAGUCAGAUUUGAAUCCGCAACAAAACCGGCUUUCGAUACCGUCACAGCAGGUCAAGGACAAUGAUUUCUUGCUUCCCACGGAACUAGAAAUUUUGGAGGAGAAAAAGGGAAUAAAAGUGAAAUUGAUCCAACCCUCACUGGAAAUUACUGAGUUGACUUUGAUUAAGUGGUUCAUGCACAAGGGACCAGAAUCAAAGAAAGUAAGCAUUUCCUAUAUUCUGAGAUCAAAUUGGGUCAAAGUUGCAAAGACUAAUAAUCUAGAAAAGGAUGACGUUGUACAAGUUUGGUCAUUCCGAGUUGAUGGGAAAUUAUGCAUGGCAAUUGUCAAGCUUUGA